AUGAUCCAGUCUGAGAUUCUAGUGCAUAUCGCCGCCCCUAGCACUGCACAAGAUGAUGCACGCUAUAGAGCCCAAGUGGCCGCUAUCCUGGAAUUCCAAUGUGCCUCACGCCAGCCACUGAUGGAGAGCAAGUCCUCAGCUCCCGAUUCAGAUCACGUCCCCUUCUCCAGUGCCGCACAUUCCUCGCCCUCGACGACUCAACACGAGGCCUCGCCAAUAUUGCGGGAGGCGCCCCGGCCCGCAUACGCGACCUUAUCCUCGGAUCGUCGCUUACUCCCUGAGAGUGAAGGCGCGACUCCACGCCAACCCAUCAACUCAAAUCAUCCCGACUCCCUCGAGAGUCUCAUCAGCGUCAUUCCAGACUCGCAACCCGAGAUCGCCGAGGAACUAGUCCAAUCUCGUGCAGAACUAUCGCCUCCAUCGCAGCUUGCUCCACCUCCCAAAAGACCUCGCACAUCCCCGGCCUCCCCUAGUCCGGCUCAACCGGUUUUAAUUGCAGACUCUCCUGCAGCGGACCAGCCCGCUGCAGCUCACAAAGUGAUCCCCGUCGAGAAUCAGGUCCAUCCUCUCCCCACUGGUUCCCCCCAAAUCCCCAUCUCAAUACCCAGCUCGGAUCAAGAUGGACAUGGACCAGGUUACAUUUCUCACCCGACCACAUCACAUCAUAUUUCCGCCACAAUCCCUAAUCUCAUCAAUCUCUCUGCCCUCCCUCUCGAAAUCCAUCCCCCAAAACCACCUAUCUCCACUGCCCCUUACACUACCCAUAUCACCCCAACCCUAUCAAUGCUCGCAGAGCGUCUAAACCCAGCCCGGACCUACAAACCAUCCACUCAAACCCGCCCCCUCGACCCCCUAGAACGGGGCUACUGGCUCGUGCACCUCGCUAUCGAGAACCAAGUCCAAAACCAAGACCGAGAUCCAGCCGAUCUGCUCCAAACCCCAAUCCCAAACCCAGACCCCGAGCAUGGAACCACUAACCCCAUUCAAAAGCCAACCGAAAACCCGAACCCAAAGUCAAAAGAGAAUGCACGAACCUGGCCUUACCCGCUCUUUCACGCCUUCUGGUCCUUCCUCUCGGAUUUCGUAGGUAGGGACGGCCGUGCGGGCUGGGGGGGUCUGGUGUAUUCUCGAGGCUGCCCCAUCAACGCUCUCACACACGCACGUCUCUCUUAA